CAAAACGCGAGAUACGCAUUCUUCCCUCGAGUUCUACUCACUGGGGAGGGUGAAGAGUGUUACGCAAAAUUCGGUAUUCUGAGUAGUAGGCUCAUUUUCCCACCACUCGGUGGUGCACCAACUCCUCGUAGUGUGGAGUUACAACAGCCGCCUGGGCACAGGGAACUGUGAACGCAUGCUCCCUUUUUCAGAGAGUCAUGUUCGUCCGUUUCAACUUUUCGUUGCCUUUUCUUUUUUCCGUCGUUUAGAAAUAACACGAAUGAUGAUGAUUGGUUAAUCAUUUGGAGCGACACUCGAAAACCGCAGCGUGCCGCGGCUGUGGAGACUAGGGGUUCUGUGCUGCAUGACAAACACUGCAGGCAGUUGACCCUUUCUGCGGGUUUUGUGUGCUCCUCGAGGUAGUUUUAAUUUGUAAUCAAGCCGUCUUUGUUGGUUGUGAAUAGAGAAAGCGCCUCAAUACCGAAAAGGGACACCUGCUGCCUCACUGCGCGAAUACUGUUGUCGGUGUCCGUCGCUGCCGUCGGGAACUGACAUUGCCUUUCCGGCUCCGGCACUGUUAUUGGUUGUAAUACAGCGCGCGUUUCCCAUCUGUACCUUGUGUUUGAAUAACGCGUUGGAGUGUGAUAUGUGAUGGCUGGCGAACCUCUAGAGCGAUGAGUCAGGUUCCGGAAAUGCGGUAGAAUUCCUUUAAAGAGCAGCAUGACCUGCGGUGACUCAAAGCGCCGAUCUGUACCUACUGCGUUGCUGUGGAGUCUCUCUCAGACUUGUCAUUUAUCAAGGGAACGCACAGCGAAAACUGUCAACAAUCAAGAAGCACCUUUGCCAGUGAAGCCUUUUGAUCGGCGUUGGCGCUCUUGACCAAGGAACACCGCAUACUGGCGUCUUCAGCGUGAAGUAGUAGCUUUCCCCUGAAUCCCACUCAUUCGAUGACCUACUCCGCGUCAAACAUGCUGCUUGUUGCUUAUAUUUUCUAGGGUGCAAACAUUUUUUUGCAGAGCCCUGUGAUCGUUGUUGGUUUUACAAUGCGUCUGCCAAUUAUCCGCGGCGGCGUUGCUGCAAACUUCUUUAGACGUAGCCAACCGGAGCGUUUUCGCACGCCGUCCCCACUCAUUCUCCUUGGUUUCUCUGGUCUGACACUCUCAUUUUCUGGUUUCCGUAGUGUACCGAGCACAACACAGAGCACCCCUUAUCAGUGGGUUGAUUCGUCUCUCCAAAUGAGUCGCCUCAGCCCCCCUGCAAGCUGCGCCUCUACGUCCGCUGGUGACGACCGCGGAACACAACUCGAACAACAUACUCCUAACUUUCUGCCGGGCACUGAUCGGACCGCGCCAUUCAGCCGCGUGCUUCUUGGAGCUGGCUGCUUCUGGGGUGUAGAAAAAUUGUUCAGAAAGGAAUUCGGGAGCCAGCUUCGAGCGACAACAGUUGGAUAUGCAGGAGGAGCUAAGGACCACCCCACCUACAAGGAAGUAUGCACGGGGAACACGGGACACUAUGAAGUGGUUGAAAUUCAAUUUUUUGAGGAUAAAGUUACCUUGUCCGAUUUGCUCCGGUUCUUUUGGAGGAUCCACGACCCAACAACCUUGAACAGGCAAGGCAACGAUGUCGGACAGCAGUACGGCUCAGCCAUCUUUGUCUAUUCUGCAGAACAUCGUCAGACAGCGGAAGAGCUUCGGGAUGAAAUGCAGAAACAGUGGGCUGGGCAAAUCACCACCCGCAUACUCGGAGGCAAGUUGAGCGAUUCAUGCUUCAAGUUUUGGAAGGCAGAGGAUUAUCAUCAGGUAUACCUUGAACGAAAUCCUGGUGGAUACUGCAAUCAUCGUGUGCGUUUCUAAGUUUAUAUAAGUAUUUCGUGAAGAAGAAUCGUGAUAGUUCCGGAGUGGUCGUGUUUGCUAAGGCCGGUAGGACUACCAUAUUCAAAUCUUCUUUAUUUACACAUACACCCUUUUCAUAGCAAGUUCAAUUUCAGGACUGAAAUAGGGCGUCGGAAGACCGGAACGGAGGAGUAGGCCCGAUUCGUUGGAGUCCGGGGCUACCUCAGCUUGUGGUAGAGUAUGACUGCACAAGGAGCGAGGGGCAUGGGACUCUUUUUGCCUGUUGUGUAGCCCUUCAUCCAUUAGCGGCGUCGCCGGUGCAUGCCGACAUUUUUCAAUGUACCCAGUACCCACGCAAUCAUGCGUAGGUUGCAACAGAAACGGUGAUGUUUCACGAGGUGGCAGCCCUAGUGAAACUCGAAAUGGUACUGUUCUGCCUUGGAAUGCGGCAGGCGCCGAUUCCGCCGUUUACUAGUGAACCUCAGGUUCACACAGUGGUGUAUCCGGGGGCGGAAACGUCACCAUGCAGCCCCCAAUAUGUACCGCGUAUGUUAUCUCCCGACAUGAGACAUCAAUCCUGCUGUAGAAAUAAUCUACCUGAAAAACGCUGACGCUGACAGUCCUUUGCCAGCGCUGACGUACUUCAAGGAUGCAAACGGUAAAGCAGUUGCGUUAUACGUAAAGUAUGUUUCGCCGGCGCUGAGAAAACAGUGAGCUGUUCUAUCCAUAGUAACGCAUGUGUUCCGCUAUGUCAGUGGCUUAUACACAUUGGCAUGUACUCGAGGCUUUGAUGGACAUGAGAGGCUGCGUCAGCCGCCUUUGUCAAGCCGGCGCCGGAAAAAAACUUCAGAUAUGUAACAGCUUCAC